AUGUCCACUAACAUUGUCCUCCCCACCUUGACCGCCUUCACUUCUUCCCAUCUCACGGCCAUUCUAACGGCCAAGACCCAAGCAAAUUUCACCACAGCAUUUGAUGCGCUUUUCGCGCACAAGUUAAAUGUUUUUUACAAUGGAAAACAAGUUUCCAGGGAGGAGUUUAAGGCACAGUUGCUCAGUCAGAGCAGCGCUGCUCCUGAAGAGCGAGCUGCGAACGUCACCGUCCAAGGUCAACUAGAAGUCCCCGGCGACAAGGGCCAAAUUUCGGGCCUCGUCGGUCUUUUCUACACUUCGCUCGUUGACUCAAAGUUCUUGAUCAUGGGAGCUCCCGCGGAGAGCAAAGUGACCUCAUCAUUCAAUGCUAUCAUUCAGGCCACAGAGUCUCAACCCCAGUCUAAUGUCCACGUUCACGGAUAUUUCGACCCCCGUCGCAUAGUGACCGUGAACCAGAUUGCCACCGACCAAGCUCUGCAUGUCACCAUCCCUGCCGCUUCCGUCAAUUCAAGCUCACCUGGUGUCACUACUACUGAGAAUGUCUCAUCGGGCCCUGGCCCUAGGAAACUUCCGCCGGGGCCCUUUGGUGGACAUUGGGGUCCUGGUCCAGUACACUUGAACCCUAUAGAGUCGAACGCACGCCCAGAGACUUUCCCAGGCGAUGGGGAGUUUGGCGUUGGUCCCGUCGUGAUCCCUGGAGAAACUAUCGGUAAAGGUACUCAUACUAAGGCAUAG